CGAAAAGUGGUUUAUCGAGAUUUAAAACUGGAAAACAUUUUGUUGGACGAAGAUGGACAUAUUAAGCUAACCGAUUUUGGCCUGAGUAAAGAGCUUACGGAGGAUGAGCUGCACAGAGCCAAUUCGUACUGUGGCACCAUCGAAUACAUGGCACCGGAAGUCGUGGAACGGACGCCAGGAGGUUACGAUGAGAUAGUCGAUUGGUGGAGUCUUGGUGUCAUUGCUUUUGAACUACUCACUGGUUGUUCUCCUUUCACAGUCGACGGACAUUCGAACACGAGCAAGGAUAUUGCAAAAAGGAUACUGACAAAACGCGUGCCAUUCCCACGAAAUUUUGACAAACUUGCAACGGACUUCAUCAGUCGUUUACUCGAGAAAUCAGCAAGACGUCGUUUAGGCCGAAAAGGUGUGGAAGAGAUCAAAAAACAUCCAUUUCUUGCUGACACUGAUUGGGAGAAAUGUGAGCUUCGUGAACUGGAACCACCAAUUAUUCCUGUAGUCGCGAGUGAGGUAAGAGUGCACAGAUAUAGCACCAACCUAAUCUAUAUGCAGUGA